AUGAAGUUGGGUGCUACACAGCCUGUAACUACAGUUAAUGCAAUUCAACAGACUGCAGGUUGGUGUGAGGGAAUGCCCAAGUACGCUGCUAAGCACUUGAAGGAUGUGAUCAUUAACAAAGUUAAGCUGCAGGAUAUUGAGACAGUAGCACUCACGGAGGAGUGUAAUUCUGUAGUGAUGCAGAAGAUGCCCAAAAAGCUCAAGGAUCCUGGAAGUUUCACUCUCCCGAUUCAAAUAGCAGUGAAGUGGUCUACGCGCUUAUUAGCAGAUCGGUCCCUAGCCCGCCCCGAAGGGAUCAUAGAGGAUAUUCUCAUCAAAGUUGGUAAGUUUAUCAUUCCUGCUGAUUUUAUUGUUUUAGAUUUUCAAGCAGAUGAAAAAGUGCCGGUCAUCUUGCGAUGGGAGGAGCUUUGA